UCUGUGCUGUCUGGGUCAAAGGGCAUCAGAAGGAAAUGGAGGGGUGUGGUUGAGAGGGGGCAGGAAUAUAUUUAGCCAAGAGGUUUAAGGCUAGGAGCCCUGAGCCUCAGCUCAGACCCUCAGUCCUCUGGAGUCUGCUCGGGUACCAGCCAUGCUCGCCGCCGCGGGCUCCCUGGUGGCCGCCAUCUGGGCAGCGCUCCAUCUCCGGACUCUGCUGCUGGCUGCUGUCAUCUUCUUGUUCCUGGCUGACUACUUCAGAAGCCGGCGCCCCAAGAACUUCCCUCCAGGGCCGCGACGCCUGCCCUUCGUGCGCAACAUAUUCCAGAUGGACUUUAAGCAGCCACACCUGGCGCUCCAACAGCUUGUGAAGAAGUAUGGGAAUGUUAUCAGUCUGGAUUUUGGAAUCAUGUCUUCAGUGAUUAUAAGCAGCCUGCCCUUAAUCAAAGAAGCCUUUACUAACCUGGAUGAAAACUUUAUGAGUCGCCCUAUAUUUCCUAUACAAAAACAUAUCUUUAAUGAAAAUGGGUUGAUCUUCUCCAGAGGCCAGACAUGGAAGGAACAAAGAAGGUUUGCCCUGAUGACACUGAGGAACUUUGGAUUGGGAAAGAAGAGUUUAGAACAGCGCAUACAAGAGGAAGCCAGACACCUUGUGGGGGCCAUAAGAGAGGAGAGAGGACAACCUUUUGACCCUCAUUUCAAGAUCAACAAUGCUGUUUCCAAUAUCAUUUGCUCCAUUACUUUUGGCGAACGUUUUGAGUACCAUGACAGUCAGUUUCAGGAGCUGCUGAAGUUACUGGAUGAGGCCAUGUGUUUGGGUUCCUCACCGAUGGUCCAUUUCUAUAACAUCUUCCCAUGGAUAAUGAAACAUCUUCCUGGACGACACCAAAGAAUAAUAGCUACCUGGGGAAAACUGAAAUCACAAGUUUCUGAUAUAGUUAACAAUCACCGCAAAGACUGGGACCCUGAUGAGCCGAGAGACUUCAUUGAUGCUUUCCUCAAGGAAAUGACAAAGCACCAACACAAGACUGCUACAAGUUUUAAUGAAGAGAACCUCAUCUGCAGCACUCUGGACCUCUUCCUUGCUGGAACAGAGACAACAUCCACGACCCUGCGCUGGGCUCUGCUCUACAUGGCCCUCUACCCAGAAGUCCAAGAAAAAGUACAGGCUGAAAUUGACAGAGUGAUUGGCCAGGAGAAGCAGCCCAGCCUGGCUGACCGAGACGCCAUGCCCUACACCAAUGCUGUUGUCCAUGAGGUGCUGAGAAUGGGGAAUAUCAUCCCUCUAAAUGUUCCCAGGGAAGUGACAGUUGACACUACAUUGGCUGGAUUCCACCUGCCAAAGGGUACUGUAGUCCAUACCAAUUUGACUGCACUGCACAUGGACCCGAAAGAAUGGGCCACCCCAGACAUCUUCAAUCCAGAGCACUUUUUGGAAAAUGGACAGUUUAAGAAGAGAGAAUCUUUCCUGCCUUUCUCAAUGGGAAAACGAGCUUGCCCUGGAGAACAAUUGGCCAGGUCUGAGCUCUUUAUUUUCUUCACUGCUCUGGUCCAAAAGUUUACCUUCAAGCCGCCAGUCAAUGAGAAGCUGAGCCUGAAGUUCAGAAUGGGUAUCACCCUUUCCCCAGUCAGUCACCGCCUCUGCGCUGUCCCCAGACUGUGAUGUCAGACACAGAAAAGAGAAAGAAGAGCAGGAAGAACUGAGGAACGUUCUGAGCCACUGGAGCCACUCAUAUGUGAAGGGAGAGAAGGAAGGUGAUUGGGGAAAGAUUGGAGGCUAUUGGAUCCAUGAAUAAUGGUGGAUUUAGCCUUUGCUAGUAAAAAAAAAAAAAUGUUUCUGGGCU